AUGGCUUUCAAGUGGGAUUGGUCAAAUUUAAAUGGCAAUAUUUUAACUGGUAGUAAUUUUACAUGUUUGUAAUCUAGGCUAUCAAUCAAGUUGGGCUUGACCUGCUAUUGCUAUUUCAAUAAAGAAUCCCUUCAUUAUUUGUCAUGUAAUCUCAUUGCUUUCUUAAUGCUGCUUGGUGUUGCUUGUUCAUGAUCCUUACCAUGCUCUGCAACUUUCAUGUAAUCUCAUUGAUGCUCUUAGAAAGAGCUAUGGUGAAUUUCAAAGUGGUGUGGUUGGAGAAUUAAUAUGUUUGGAAUUCACAACAUUUCUUCUGUCACGUUCGUUGAAUGACGGGACAGACCAAGGCGCAGCGUGAUAUACGUACAUGUUUAUUCAACUAAAUAAACACACAACAAAACGUGAAGUGAAGUCCUAAGGUAGAUACAACCAACCUUAACCGGAACAAGAUCCCACAACUCACUAGUGCCAAACGGCUGCCUAAGUAUGAUCCCCAAUCAGAGACAACGAGCGACAGCUGCCUCUGAUUGGGAACCACACCGGCCAACAUAGAACUAUACAUACUAGACAAGCCACAUAGAAAAAGCACAACAAGGAAUAUACACACCCUGACUCAACAUAUAAGCGUCCCCUGAGUCAGGGCGUGACAGAACCCCCCCCCCCCCAAAGGUGCGGACUCCGACCGCACAACAUAAACAUAACAGGGUAGGGGCGUGACGACCUCUCACUCUCCGCCUCCCUGUUGCGCCCCUGGUCUGGUCUGGACCUCGGCGCGCUGCUUCCCCUCUCCUUCCUCCCACGAUACGCCAGGCCCUGUCUGGACCCUGGUGUGGGAGACCCCGAACCUGGAGAGGGGCUGACGUCAUGGUCUGGACUGGAGCCGCUGACCGGAGCUGGAAUAGGCACCGGUGGAGCGGACUGCUCUGGCUCCGGAGAGGAGCCGCUGACCGGAGCUGGAUCAGGCACCGGUGGAGCAGACUGCUCUGGCUCCGGAGUGGAGCCGCUGACCGGAGCCGGAACAGGCACGGGCCGUGCCGGAGUGGACAAACGCACCACUGGUCUGGUGCGAGGAGCAGGCACGGGCCGGACCUGACUAGGAACACGCACCACUGGCUUGGUGCGAGGGACAGGAACGGGCCGGGCCGGACUGGCGACACGCACCACUGGCUUGGUGCGAGGAGCAGGAACGGGCCGGGCCGGGCUGGCGACGCGCACCACUGGCUUGGUGCGAGGAGCAGGAACGGGCCGGGCCGGGCUGGCGACGCGCACCACUGGCUUGGUGCGAGGAGCAGGAACGGGCCGGGCCGGGCUGGCGACGCGCACCACUGGCUUGGUGCGAGGAGCAGGAACGGGCCGGGCCGGGCUGGCGACGCGCACCACAGGCUUGGUGCGCGGAGCAGGAACGGGCCGGACUGGCGACGCGCACCACAGGCUUGGUGCGAGGAGCAGGAACGGGCCGGGCCGGACUGGCGACGCGCACCACUGGCUUGGUGCGAGGAGCAUGAACGGGCCGGGCCGGACUGGCGACGCGCACCACUGGCUUGGUGCGAGGAGCCGGAACGGGCCGGGCCGGACUGGGGACGCGCACCACAGGCUUGGUGCGAGGAGCAGGAACGGGCCGGGCCGGGCUGGCGAUGCGCACCACAGGCUUGGUGCGAGGAGCAGGAACGGGCCGGGCCGGACUGACGACGUGCACCACAGGCUUGGUGCGAGGAGCAUGAACGGGCCGGGCCGGACUGACGACGCGCACCACAGGCUUGGUGCGAGGAGCAGGAACGGGCCGGGCCGGACUGGCGACGCGCACCACAGGCUUGGUGCGAGGAGCAAGAACGGGCCGGGCCGGACUGGCGACACGCACCAUUUGCUUGGUGCGAGGAGCAGGACUGGGUUCCUUUAUUAACCCCCGCUCCUUCUGCUGCCUAACCAGCUCCUCUCGCCGUGCCUCUACUUUUUCCUUCUCCCUUUUAGCCUCCUGUAGCGCCUCCCUCUGACCGAAUAACUCCUGCUCCCUCUGAGCCAACAGCCCCCGUAACAUGGUGGCCUCCUCUCCUAACCUGCAGAUCCGCCCUUUCACGGCCUCCUGCUAGCUCGUCGUCCACACCGUGUGCCCCCCCCCCAAAAAAAAAUAUUAUUGGGGCUGCUUCUCGGGCUUCCUCCUCGACCGGCCUCCUCCGUGUUGCCGUUGCUCCUCCCCUGCCUGGGCAUCUACCUUAGCCCAUGGUCCUUUCCCCGCAAAUAUCUCCUCCCAUGACCACAAAUUGGCCACCUGUGACAUGGCCAUCCGCUCCGCCUGGGCACGCUACUUGGUCCUUGUUUGGUGGGAUCUUCUGUCACGUUCGUUGAAUGACGGGACAGACCAAGGCGCAGCGUGAUAUACGUACAUGUUUAUUCAACUAAAUAAACACACGAACAAAACGUGAAGUGAAGUCCUAAGGUAGAUACAACCAACCUUAACCGGAACAAGAUCCCACAACUCACUAGUGCCAAACGGCUGCCUAAGUAUGAUCCCCAAUCAGAGACAACGAGCGACAGCUGCCUCUGAUUGGGAACCACACCGGCCAACAUAGAACUAUACAUACUAGACAAGCCACAUAGAAAAAGCACAACAAGGAAUAUACACACCCUGACUCAACAUAUAAGCGUCCCCUGAGUCAGGGCGUGACAUCUUCAGUCUCUCAUUGGUCCAUUGUUUGGCUAAUUCAAGUAUUUGUAUUUUUUUUACAUUCAUUUUGCAGCACUCACAUUUUUGAAUUUAUAAACCAUAAAUAUAGAUUGGCGUGCACAUGUUAGUCUGAGAUAUAUUGGACUGAAUAUUAUGCCUAGAUCUUAAACGAUAUUCAGCCACUGUUUGACAAAGGUGGACCUUUGGAAGAUGUUUUAUUUUUUCUCCCAAAAACGAACGUUUCUGAUUUAAAGGCUCCAUCAGGGUGCAGACCAAGACAAGGUAUGCCAGAUCGUUUGGCCUGCUCUGAAUGUCAUGCCAAACAUUCUUCACAAUAUCAGAGUUGUUUCCCAUGACCUUGACAUGACCUUUCGUGACAUUCCAGGAGGAGAAUCUCCACACUCAGUAAGAUAUCCAGUUAAGGCCUGGUAUUGGCUAUCUCAUUAGGUCACAAUACAGAGAUGAUUUGUAUUCCUGAAUAGGUACAGUGCCUUGCAAAAGUAUUCAUCCCCCUUGGCGUUUUUCCUAUUUUGUUGCAUUACAACCUGUAAUUUAAAUGGAUUUGUAUUUGUAUUUCAUGUAAUGGACAUACACAAAAUAGUCCAAAUUGGUGAAGUGAAAUGCAAAAAAUAAAUAACGGAAAAGUUGUGCGUGCAUAUGUAUUCACCCCCUUUGCGAUGAAGCCCCUAAAUAAGCUCUGGUGCAACCAAUUACCUUCAGAAGUCACAUAAUUAGUUAAAUAAAGUCCACCUGUGUGCAAUCUAAGUGUCACAUGAUCUGUCACAUGAUCUCAGUAUAUAUACACCUGUUCUGAAAGGCGAGUCUGCAACACCACUACGCAAGGGGCACCACCAAGCAAGCGGCACCAUGAAGACCAAGGAGCUCUCCAAACAGGUCAGGGACAAAGUUGUGGAGAAGUACAGAUCAGGGUUGGGUUAUAUAAAAAUAUCAGAAACUUUGAACAUCCCACAGAGCACCAUUAAAUCCAUUAUAAAAAAAAUGGAAAGAAUAUGGCACCACAACAAACCUGCCAAGAGAGGGCCGCCCACCAAAACCCAUGGGCCAGGCAAGGAGGGCAUUAAUCAGAGAGGCAAAAAAGAGACCAAAGAUAACCCUGAAGGAGCUGCAAAGCUCCACAGCGGAGAUUGGAGUAUCUGUCCAUAGGACCACUUUAAGCCGUACACUCCACAGAGCUGGGCUUUACGGAAGAGUGGCCAGAAAAAAGCCAUUGCUUGAAGAAAAAAAUAAGCAAACGCGUUUGGUGUUCGCCAAAAGGCAUGUGGGAGACUACCCAAACAUAUGGAAGAAGCUACUCUGGUCAGAUGAGACUAAAAUUGAGCUUUUUGGCCAUCAAGGAAAACGCUAUGUCUGGCGCAAACCCAACACCUCUCAUCACCCUGAGAACACCAAACAUGGUGGUGGCAGCAUCAUGCUGUGGGGAUGUUUUUCAUCGGCAGGGACUGGGAAACUGGUCAGAAUUGAAGAAAUGAUGGAUGGCGCUAAAUACAGGGAAAUUCUUGAGGGAAACCUGUUUCAGUCUUCCAGAGAUUUGAGACUGGGACGGAGGCUCACCUUCCAGCAGGACAAUGACCCUAAGCAUACUGCUAAAGCAACACUUGAGUGGUUUAAGGGGAAACAUUUAAAUGUCUUAGAAUGGCCUAGUCAAAGCCCAGACCUCAAUCCAAUUGAGAAUCUGUGGUAUGACUUAAAAUACCACAGAUUCCAAGAGACUUGCAGCUGAGGGGGGGGGGGGGGUGAAUAGUUAAUGCACGCUCAAGUUUUCUGUUUUGUUGUCUUAUUCUUUUUGUUUCACAAUAAAAAAUAUUUCGCAUCUUCAAAGGGGUAGACAUGUUGUGUAAAUCAAAUGAUACAAACCCCCCAAAAAUCAAUUUUAAUUCCAGGUUGUAAGGCAACAAAAUAGGAAAAAUGCCAAGGGGGGUGAAUACUUUCGCAAGCCACUGUACCUUUUAUUGCUCCAACCAAUAAAAGCACAGUGAUUGAUUUGAUUUCUGGGUCUCUUGGGGGACUGGGACUGCUUGCAAAAAAGACUCUUACCAAUGACAUACAGUAGGUCAUCUCUAAUGGUUGUACUUUGUGUGUUUGUUCACACACAGUAAACUAAGACACCAAGCACAGAGCGAGAGGUUUGGCUACAGAGAGGUGGUUUUAAAAGGAGAUCCUAAGAAGUUGAAUCUCCAUGGGGUAAGAAUACAAUCUACUUUAUGUUACUGAUUGUUAAUAGUUAUGAUGAGGUCUGUCAAUUUUAGUAACAAUAAUAGUAAUAGUGGGACAUAAUAAAAAUAUCUGAUGCCACCUCAACCUCCUCUCUCUCUCUCUCUCUCUCACUUUCUCUCUCUGUCUCUCUCUUUCUCUCUCUCGCUCUUUCUUUCUCUCUCUCUCUGCCCCUUCUUCUGUCUCCUCUUUCUUACCAUUGCGCCACUGUCAUUCUAUCGUUCUCUCUCUUGCGCUCUCAACCUAUCCUUCCCUGUGUCUCUCCUCUGCUCGUGUUCCUCUCUCUGUCACUCUCACAGCAGACGUGUGCUGUCUGCCUGGAAGACUUUAAAGUCAAAGAUGAACUGGGACUGUUGCCAUGCCAACAUGCCUUUCACAGG